AUGGUGGCAUGGUCUAACCGUGACAAAGCUGCCACCCUUUAUCGCACCACCGACGCGACAAACGUGUCAAUUUCUUUCGUCUCUGAAGUGCCUGACGAUGUCCUCAAUACGAUCUUUGAGAUCAUUACAAUUCCCUCUUAUCCAGAAUCGUCCGUCAUCUAUGAAGUCAAGUCGGCAUUCACCCUCGCUGCUGUAUCACGUCGCUGGCGCCAACUCCUCUUGCUAAAUCCAAAGAUUUGGGCCUCUCUAGUCGCCACCGAUCUUCUGCCCGAAACCAUUAACACCAUCAUCUCAAGGGCCGGCGCCUGCCCGUUGACACUGUGGGUCGGACCCCUAGAGCACGGGCCCGAGGUUUCCGUCGACAUGCGCAUCUCCAGCUAUGCCAAGGUGUUCGAACACAUUCCAAAAUGCAAGGCGAUUCACAUCCUACUUACGCGGGCUGAGGAUAUCCUUUCACGGCAGGCCUUCAUCGAUGCUGUAAGGGCGAGAGCACCCACCAUUCACUCCUUUACACUCGAUCUGCGAAGUUACUCUUCCCAAACACUGCUUCCACUGGAGUCGUUCAAUCUAUUCGGGGAUCCGCCUGGCACCUGUCCGGCAAUCGAGCAAGACGGACCUAACGUUACUCAUAUGUUGAAAGUCCUCCACGUACGGGGCCCGCCUGCCCACACCGCGUCUUUGUCUCUCGCCAAUCGGCUCCCCAACCUGACAUCAUUGGUUCUUCAGGGCAGCCCUCGAAUAACUGCCGGGCAGAACCCACAUGGUCCUUCUCAUCUCUUCACCCCACAUUCGUUCAUCACCUUCAUUUCCAUGAUGAAGGACCUGAGGGUCCUUGUUUUGGACAACGUUAUCCAAUGGAGCGAACCGACAAUGUACAACAUCGAUGCGAUCGAAGAUGUAUCCUUCAGAAAGGCUCUAUACACCGAAGCGGCAGCCGAUCUUCCCAACACUGUCGACCUACCCCACCUUACCAACUUCGAGGUCACCACCGAGGUAUUCACAGCGAUGCGCCUUUUGGCGGGAUUCAAAGAGCUCCGAAGUUCCUGUCGCACAAUACUACGUGUUUUCUCCAACGCUCCGACUACUUGGGAUCUUGCUCGCUUCAAAAAUGCGCUGCUAUCUUUUCUUCGUCUGGUCACCAAGGAGCGGGGCGUCGAUACCUGGAGCUUCGCGUUUGGAUCUAUGUUCCUCAUUCGCGCAGAGAAACAGGGACGUGUUCUCUGCGACAUACGCGUCGAUUUGGUCGAUUUUCUCAUGGGCGCGACGUCACUGGGGGUGAUGUACGACGCGUUCGAAGCCACUCUCCCCUCGUUCCUAGCAAAAUGGGAUCUAGAAUCGGCCACCACUUUACGGUUGCGCCUGGAGCCUGAUUCGUCCAUGGGCAAUAUGGGUUGGUCUGGACACCGGUGGGAUUUCGCGAGAGGGUUGUUCCGUCGCUGUACGUCAGUUACCAAGCUCCAUCUCCACGGCAUCUCUCUAGCGGCCUAUAGUGCCAUCAGCGACUCGUAUUUGCUCCCGCCCUUGACCCUUCAUCACACCCUUCCAAACCUAGCGCACCUCGUCGUCAUCGCCUCAUCAUUUCACGACGGCCCCGACUCCAUCCAUUCAUCCGAUUACCGAUACCUCGCCAAUAUUCUCGCUGCCAGAGCCGAGAAGCGGGGUGUACCUCAAAUCAAGACCUUCAUACUGGUAGAUAAUCUAACCGGAGAAGAUGGAUACAACAUUCUUACUAGAAGUGUUGUUCCGCACUUCUCACCAUUCGAUUGCAUAACAUUCGCUUGGACUGAUGCAGCAGGUUACCAUCGGAGCGACCCCGGUGUUCAACCCAAUUGCGAUGCUUGUCGCUCAAGCGGUUUCUGGUACAGUGUCACGACUGAUGUUAUGUGGCGUUUAGAGGGAGAGCAUGUCGUACGCAGGACAUGCGUUUGUGUUUUGAAGACUAUUCCAUAG